AGUUUUCUCGUAACAAUUUCAGCUCGAUUGCAUCACACCGGCUUUAUCUACUUUUAUUCCAGACAAAACACACAACUCGUGAUGAUACGUAACCUGAGUGAGUCUUUGAAGCUGGUGUAGGCUAUUUCGCUGUCCUACCCGGAAGAGGUUAAUAAGGGAUCUCCGUCCCAUGUCAAAAACUGUAACGACGCACCAGAAACCGAUUUCUCCGUCAUUACUAUAUAUUUGAUAAAUCAUUCCUGAAUAGAAAAUCGUACCUUUAUGGGAAAAAACUAAUUACUGGAAUAUUAUAACCCUGGACAUCAGAUUGCUAUACUAUCGCUCUAACUGACUGAGCUGCUUGGUGGAUGGAGAUUCGUAGCCGACCUCUGCUUCAGUUAAAUCCAAAAACGAAAUGAAGGCAGGGUUAUAAACACAGUGUUAUGGGACAGUGAUCCUUUAGUCCAUCGUUAAUCCGAUGGGAAUCUCUCUAAAUAUAUAAUCCUAACAGUGGCCAUAUUAAAAUUGAAACAAGGAAAUAACCAUGCAUUCAUCGAUUUUAAAAAUCAUAAAGGCGUCGAAUGGUUUAGGAAAAGGCUGACGUCAACAAGGACAAAAAGUUCUGUAUAUCAUAAACCAGGAAGCUUAAGGGGAAAAUAGUAUAUGUGACUAUAUCGUCAACCUAACUUUAAAUCAGGAAGUGCAAUACAUUAAGCUGUGUACUGUACUAAGUAUAAUGAUGGACUUAUCAUUAUUACAAAAGUCAAAAGUUCUUCAAGAAACUUCCGAUACCCCUUCCUCCUUCCUAAAGUUUCUUUUCUGGCAAUAAAGUCAACGGAACAAUGUAGUCUUUGGAGCCAUUGACACCACAAUCCCUUUUGACAACAACGGGAUUAUUGAAAACUGCCUGGCUUUAUUCAAAGACUGGUGUCUCACGUCUCACGUUAAGAAGUAAACAUGGUAUCUAAAGAACUUGUCACGCCGAUAGAUGAUAGCCAUAGCACUGUUCUCCUUUAUCAACGAAAUUUGAAAACACCACUUAAAACAGGAAGUGAAACCGGAGAAAUAUAUAAUCUUGGGUUUUACCUGCGUGUGCGCCAGAAUAUUUAUUAUCUCACCUCUAUACGUUUAACAUAUUGAAGAUAUUAAUGUUGUAGUUAAGUUGAUAUUCGUUAACACCUACAUGAUUUUAAGUUGGUUUAAAGUUUCUAAUAAUCGGCAACAAUGGCAGAACUUUCAUCAAGUAAAGACCCUAAGAAGACUCUCAAAGAACUAUACCGUAUCCUGAAGGAACAUAUACGAGGUGUUGCUGAUGAUAAUGGCGAUUUAAGUAAUGACCGUGAUCACUUACAAGACAUUAUUCAACAAACGGUUGAAACACUUCAGUCUGGUCGGUUUAAACAGCCAGUUCUUCGAAGAAGUUAUCCAGAUUCGAAGGACAAGAGCAAGGAAAUUUUCGAAAAGGAGAAGAGAACUCAACGAACUAUUGAGAGCAUGGAGGAUCAUGAACUACAAGCGUUCAGAGAGAAGAUUAAAGUCGAGCAAUCCCUAUGUAAGACGAAGGAUAAAUUACAAACUUUAGAGAAAAAACUUGAAAGUGAUAAGGCAGAAGACAGUGACAUCUCCGAACUAUUAUUAGAGAUGAAGAGUUUAAUUGGCGAAUGUCUCCAUAAACAAACCCAUGCAGAUAUCAUGGUGGAGAAAAUCAGCGUUGGUGUACAGAAACUCCUCGACCAAAACAAAACUGGACGACCCAAAGCAGUACAUGAAGAGUUGAUGGCAUUCCAUAUCCCAGCUGAACUCAACUACGCAUGCGGAAAAAUACAGAAAAAAGGUGUGAAAUUCAGACAAUUCGGCUCGGCCCUGGGGAUACCGGAUGAUCUACUGGAAGUUAUAGAAGAUCAAGAUGACGAGGACGAAAGAUUCCGACAAGUGAUUUGGGAAUGGGCGAGGGUUUCCAAAUCAGUCAACAUCCGCGAUUUCGUAGGAGCGUGUCAUUCUCUUGGCGAAAAUCUAGUUAAAGAUGAACCAUUGUCACAAGAAGAAACAGAGAAGCUAUUAAGUAAUGUGGAUUACCUUUGUGAAAAUAUGAUGGAUGUGCCCUUGGUGUUACCACACCUGGUAUCAACGCUGGUGUUGUCUCCGGGACUUUGUGAAUACAUAGUCGCUCCGCCAGUAAGAAUACAAAGAAUUCUCAGACUUGUCGACAUUCUCUGCAUCAGGAAGAACGGACUGGAGGAGUUCUGUGUGGCCCUGAAGAAAUCUGAACAGGACCAUGUUGCCAUGCAAUUAAAAGGUCUUGUACAGAGUGUACCAAGGUUUUGUAGAAGAUCAAGGUCUCUCACAAGCAUCAUAGAUGACACUGACGAGGACAACACAAGUACAACGGCGGACGACAGCAGAUCCUCGUGUGAGGUUUUGCAGAAAAUCGUGCGACUGUUGAGUACCGAAGGCUUAAUCAAACAGUGAUCACACAGCCGAUCUCAGAGAAAAACUGUUUAUGUAUUCCUAUUCACCAAUAAGUGGUACGGACUGAGAUUGGCACCAUAUUUGCGGAGAUAACAGAUUUGUAACGCGCAGGCCCACACGUGCACCCAUCCAGCCACUGAUCACCAAGCUCGACAUUGGUGAACUAGUGAACGCAUCCCAGGGUUAUACAACAUCGCUGUAAACGCUAGUUUGUCAGUACGGCUGUAUUUCCCCACUUAAGUAACCAGCUAUAAUAAAUUGGCUUACUAGCCGUAGUUCUUUUGCUGCUCGAUCGCUAGGUGUCACUUUCAAAUGUGAAACUAUACGGUACCAACGUAUGCAAAUCGAGGACGCGGAAUGUAAAGAAUGUUUAACAUCAAUUGAUGGUCAACACACUCGAGGAAAGAAGAGGUCAAGAAAAAGAAAAACAUUCAAUACUUCUUUUGUUACUAACGAGAAUUCAAACGAAGCGGUUGAUUUUUUUUAAUUUUUCAGCACAAACUGACUUCCAACUACAUUGAACUUUCAGUGUAUACAAUGACGCGGUUUUCAGUAUCAUUGUUUGCGGGUGAUUACAUUACUUUCUUGGAAUUAAAAGGAUGUUUCAUGUCGAAAAUGCCACGAUGCAGAAAACGUCCCUCAGAAGUAGCUGUUUGCCUAUCUUUUUAUGUUAGUAGGGUGGCGCUUUCGCCUUUCACCAAGGCGGCCGGGGUUCGAUUAUUGGAUCAGACGUGAAAAGGUAUGGGGUCACCUGCCG